AUGCGUUUCGGAAUCCUGCAGUUCCCCGGCACCUGGAGCGACACCGACUGCCACCACGCCGUCAGCGCAGUCCUGGGCCAGGAAGCGGACUACAUCUGGCACAAGGACACCUCCCUGGAGGGGCUGGACUGCGUGAUCCUUCCCGGAGGCUUCUCCUACGGCGACUACCUUCGCCCCGGCGCCAUGGCCCGCUUGUCUCCCGUGAUGGACGCCCUCUACGCAUUCGCAGAGUCGGGCGGCACAGUCAUCGGCAUCUGCAACGGCUUCCAGAUUCUCUGCGAGUCGGGCCUCCUGCCCGGGGCGCUGCGGGCCAACCGGCAGCUGGAGUACCGAUGCCAGUGGACCAACCUGAGCGUGGAGCGCAGCGACACACGGUUUUCAUCGACCUGCAAGGCGGGACAGGUCCUGCAGGUGCCUAUCUCCCACGGCGAGGGCAACUACUACGCCGACGCAGAAACGCUGGACAUGCUUGAGCGCGAAGGCCGGGUGCUCUUCCGCUACUAUGCAGCCAAUCCCAACGGCUCGGCCCGCAACAUCGCUGGCGUCAUCAACGAGGCGGGCAACGUACUGGGCAUGAUGCCCCACCCGGAGCGGUGCUGCGAGGCACUGCUGGGCGGGACCGACGGAGCGUUGAUCUUCCAGUCGAUUGUUGACAGCGUGAGCCGGACUUAA